UCCCGUCUCUGCUCUGUCGGCCGGAGCCAGAACUACUGUCAGUGCUAGUGCAAUUAGUGCCGUAUAAAUUGACGUUUGGCUGUUUAUGGACUUUGCACGAUGACGAGAUGAAUAGGAAGCCGAUUGGAAACCAAAUCUUUGGUUGUUUCUUGAGUAAAUUACCUCAUCACUAUAAAACAAUUACACACAAAAUGGGAUCGUUACUUUUCUUCUUUUGAGAAUCGGAUUAAAAUAGCGAGUGUACUGUGACAUAUUAAAUACGGUAAAUUACCAUGAACUAUUUAAUUAAUUGGUUAUAUAAAAAUACCUUACAAUAUAGUGGAAGAUUAAAGGAACUUAAAAGGUUUCGAAGGUUUGUUGUUUUUGUUUGUACCUAAGGACUUUUUGACUUUUAAAUCAAUAUUCCUGUACAUCUGUAGAAUCAACAGGAACUAGUUUAAAAAAUUAGACAAAAUAGUGCAAUUUUCGGGUAGUGCUCUAAAUGAUAACAUGCUAAAAGAACGCGACUCGUUGGAUGGUCACCAUAACAACGGAGCGUCGUCUCCUUGUUCCAGUUUAAGAGGACCUAGUGGUGCUGUGAUAUGUGCAGCGUGCAGGGACCGCAUCCAUGACCGAUAUUACCUCUUGGCGGUGGACAGGCAAUGGCAUGCCCACUGCCUCAAGUGCUCCGAAUGUAAAUUACCCCUGGACUCCGAAGUCACGUGUUUUGCCCGUGAGGGUAACAUUUAUUGCAAAGAAGACUACUAUCGUUUGUACGGUGUAACAAGAUGUGCUCGUUGCCAUGCUGGUAUAACUUCAAACGCGUUGGUAAUGAGAGCAAGAGACCUAGUUUACCACAUAAACUGUUUUUACUGUACUUCUUGCGGAAUACCAUUGUCAAAAGGGGAUCACUUUGGAAUGAAAGCAGGACUUAUAUAUUGCAGGCCACAUUAUGAACUUUUAGAAUACUGUGAACCAAGAGACCUCUUUCGAAGAAGCGAAUCUCCUGGUUCGGGUUAUUUUUCUCCUGUAGCAACACAAAAUCAAAAGGGAAGACCGAGGAAAAGAAAAUUCGGUCCAGAACUCGAUCCCACCUGUGGCGAACUUUCAGUCGUCCCUAUGCGAAUGACUGCAGCAGCUUUAGAAAUAAUGCAUCAGUCGGAGAUGCCGUCUUCGAUCGAUCCGUUAUCGUACGACUCGUCGGUGUCCUCGCCCGCUUCCAGUACCGGUCAUCAGACCCAGCGGACGAAGAGAAUGAGGACGUCGUUCAAACAUCACCAGCUCCGCACAAUGAAAUCGUAUUUUGCCAUCAAUCAGAAUCCAGACGCGAAAGAUCUUAAACAACUUGCUCAGAAAACCGGACUUUCGAAAAGAGUUCUUCAAGUGUGGUUCCAAAAUGCGAGAGCAAAAUGGAGAAGAAAUAUGAUGCGUCAAGAGGGAGGUCACGGCGGUAGUACAGCAACCCCCCAGAACGGCACCAGUACACCGUCAGUCUCGUCAGUUUUAUCGGAUGCAAACAGCUUAUCAAACCAGUCAGGAAUGGACGAGUUACACCACCAUUUGCAUUCUCAAAACGGUCAAACGCUAACAUUCAGCGACAUCUACUGAUCCGAUGUCACUGCACGUUAAUCGUUGAAGCAUCUAAAUGUGUCUGAUUUAAAGUAUUUUCACAACAUGUUCCUUAGUAGUUUUAUAAGAGUUGGUUUAUUUAUUUCAUUGUUUCGAGUACAAGAUUAAAUAUGCUGAUAUAACGUAUUAGAGACGUACAACAAAGUGUACAGAUUGCGCUAUUGACGUGGAUAAUGUACCUAGUAG